GGGAAGGCGACUAGUGGGAGGUUACUUACUGGGGCCGCGGAAUAUGCACCAACGCCGCGGUAAGUGUCAGCAUUGCGUCGCAGCUUGGGGCAAUUGCAAUCAUCCUGAAAAACGCCGGAAUGAGCGUCGUGAUAUUAUACCGGAAUGCGUCGUGAUGUAUGAUUGAAGAAGUUUAUUAUUUCCAUGAAACUAUUUGUGAUUGCGGGUUUGUUGUACACAUUUUGCCGGUUGAACUUCCGUUUCUGCAUUUAUUUUCAAUGAGCCCUUGCGGUUGCGGUUUUCAUGAUGUGCUGUUUUCUGAGCUGAUUGACAAGAUGACCGCUAUACGACAUUCAUGACAGCAAGUAAAGCGCCACAAGAAUGUAAGAUGUUUUUGUUUCUGUGUUGACUUUGACUUUUCGUAGACCUGAUUGUACCAAAUUUGAACAGCCUACCCUCGUUGAGAAAUAGCCCCAUUUAUUUCUCUUUGUUUCCGGGAUAGUACGGAGCUGAGGCAACUCGGCUCCGUGCACGUGGUCCCCUUCCGUACCCAGAAAGAGUAGCUUUUUUCCCCUAAAUCAAGAUUGGAACAAAUGACAGUAUCAUGUUGACAA